AUGCAGCGAUCCCUGCCUGUGGUGCUGCUCCCCGCCUGGCCUGCGCCGCUGCUUUCGCCUCAGGAAGGCGACUCAAAGGUCCCUGGCUGCACCAAGAGCUGUUUCCCGGUGGCAUCGUGCGGCUCAGGCAGGAGCUGCCGGACAGGGGAGGGGAGGGCACCGGGGCCUGACCCGGGCCCGGCACCGGGCGGGAGAAGCCGUGAGCGGCGUUGCUGCCGAGCCCGCGGGCGCUGCGAGCGAGGCGCCGCCCCGUGGGGCCCUGGGGCUGCGGGGCCGGGUCAGACGAGCCCUCAUUGGGUGUGUCCCGUCCCCGCGGUCGCUGCGAGCGAAGCGCCGCCCGGUGGGGCGCUGGGGCGCUGGGGCGGUGGGGCCGUGUCCCGCCCCGGGGCGGGCCGGGCGCUCGGCGGUGCCGUCACGGAGCACGGAGCGCCGAGCGCGGCCAUGAGCGCGGUGCUGCUGCUGCUGCGGGCCCUGCGCGCCGCCCGGCCGCAGCCCCGGCCCCAGCCCCGGCCCCGGGCCGGCCCCUCAGCCCGCGGCCUGCGCACGGCCGCGCCCCGCCGCGCCUUCGCCAAGGAGCUGUUCCUCGGCACCCUGCGCAAGGAAGAAGUUUUUCCUUAUCCAGAAAUUAGCAAUGAAGAACUGGCAGAAAUCAACCAGUUUGUGGGACCUGUUGAAAAGUUCUUCAAUGAGGAAGUGGACUCGAAGAAAAUCGAUCAAGAUGCAAAAAUCCCACCUGAAACCUUACAAGGACUGAAGGACCUGGGUCUCUUUGGCAUGCAGAUUCCAGAGGAAUAUGGUGGUCUGGGCCUCUCAAACACCAUGUAUGCACGUCUGGGAGAAAUCACCUCCCUGGAUGGCUCCAUUGCAGUGACCCUGGCAGCUCAUCAGGCCAUUGGGCUGAAGGGGAUCCUCAUAGCUGGCACCGAGGAGCAGAAGGCCAAGUACCUGCCCCGCCUGGCCUCGGGGGAGCACAUUGCUGCCUUCUGCCUCACCGAGCCUGGCAGUGGGAGUGAUGCUGCAUCCAUCCAGACAAGAGCAACCCUGAGUGAAGAUGGGAAACACUUCCUGUUAAAUGGCUCCAAGGUCUGGAUCUCCAAUGGUGGCCUGGCCAGUAUUUUCACAGUGUUUGCCAGGACAGAGGUUGUGGACAAGGACGGGCAGGUGAAGGAUAAAAUCACUGCUUUCAUCGUGGAGCGGGACUUCGGCGGCGUCACCCACGGCAAGCCCGAGGAUAAACUGGGCAUUCGAGGCUCCAACACCUGUGAAGUGCAUUUUGAAAACACCAAAGUGCCUAUAGAGAAUGUAAUUGGAGAAGUUGGAGGGGGAUUUAAGGUUGCCAUGAAUAUCCUCAACAGUGGAAGAUUUAGCAUGGGCAGUGCAUCUGCUGGAAUGAUUAAGAAGUUGAUAGAGCUGACAUCAGAGUAUGCUUGCACCAGGAAACAAUUCAAUAAGAAACUCAGCCAGUUUGGAUUAAUUCAGGAGAAGUUCUGUUUGAUGGCUGUGAAAGCCUACGUGAUGGAGAGCAUGGCUUACCUGACUGCAGGGAUGAUGGACAGGCCAGGCUUCCCUGACUGCUCCGUGGAGGCUGCCAUGGUCAAGGUGUUCAGCUCUGAAGGUGCCUGGGCCUGUGUGAGUGAGGCUCUGCAGAUCCUUGGAGGCCUUGGCUACAUGAAGGAUUAUCCCUACGAGCGCUACCUCAGGGACACCAGGAUCCUGCUCAUCUUUGAGGGAACCAAUGAAAUCCUGAGAAUGUACAUUGCACUGACAGGGAUGCAGCAUGCAGGGAAGAUCUUAACUGACAAAAUUAAAGCAAUCAAGAAAGGAAACGUGGGAGUGGCACUGGGGGAGUUCCUGACCAGGUUACAGGACAGCCUGGGCAGGAAGGUGGAUCUGGGGCUUGUAGGUGACCAUGGGGUGGUGCAUCCCAGCCUCCAGGACAAUGCCAAGAAACUUGAAGAAAACGUUUAUUAUUUUGGAACUACAGUCAGGGGCCUGCUAAGUAGGUUUGGCAAGACAAUAGUGGAGGAGCAGCUGGUGCUGAAGAGAGUGGCAGAUGUGGUGAUUAAUUUGUAUGCAAUGACUGCAGCCAUCUCCCGGGCCAGCCGCUCCAUCAGCAUCGGGCUCAGGAACCAUGACCACGAGGUGCUUCUUACAAAUAUCUUCUGCACAGAAGCGUAUUUCAAGAAUAAUUAUGCCAUGGCUCAAUUAGAAAAAUAUGCCGAUGAAAACUUGGAUGAUUCCAUUAAAAAAGCAGCAAAGCAGAUCCUGGAGAAGAGGGCAUACAUCUGCUCCCACCCUCUGGACAGGACCUUCUGAUCCCUCCCUGACAGCAGGCACUCAUGAAUGUCAGUCAGGGAGGAAUUUGCUGCAGUUCCAGUGUUUAAUACAUUAAAAGCAUCUGUUAUUUAAUCUCUUUAGUAAAUGUAACUGUAUAAAAUAAAACUUCUUUCUAACCACUACUUCAUAGGAAAAGGAUAAAUAAAGAUAUUUUAUUUUAAGCUGAA